UCUAGGAACUCAAUGUCGUUCGCUGUUUCCAGGGAAACAUUUUAAGAACGGACCAGCCAGCGUGUGAAUUUUUUCUCCUUUUGUCACAGUUAACAAUCAAGUUUGUACCGUAAAUGUUAAUCAGCAUUAAUACGGCUUUUAACAUAAGCAGAAACUAAGCAGUAUGUGUGCGGCUUUUAAAACUCGUGUAAGUAAUUCAGAGACUUGAGGGACAUGACUGCGAGAUCGUGUUGUGCGCUUGUUAUCGCACCGUUAUGAGUGACGUGUAACUACAUUCAUUAGACCCUCGCUAACGAUAUAAAAACAAUGAAUCGGGCUUAGUCUAAAGAUUAUUCGUUUAAUGUUGAAUCGACCGUGUAAGCGAUCAUUCAACCUAGCAACUGGAAGAAUGUCAAUUAAAGUUGCAAUUCCUUGAUGGAUAAAUGCACAAAGACUAUUAUAAUGCGAAAUGAUAAAAGCGACAUUAACGUGUAGAUGACAUCAUCCAACAUAAUAAAGCCCGUGUCGUUCGAUUACAUGUGAAGAUAUUACGAUCGGCAUAAAGAUGAUGUACUCUUCACGCAGAAAACCAGUGCUGUAUUUUAAAGAUGACAGAAGAAGUGAAAGUCCAAGGGUGCAUCAUCAUGGAGAUGUUCAUUUUCUAUCGAGGAAAUGCACCGUCUGGAGGCUCUUCGGGCUCUGCAUGGUGUUUGUUUUAGGGUCUCUUCUUUGGGUGCAGUUGACUUGUUCAGGAGACAUGAGUCAAACUGCUGGGUACAGCCAUCUCCCUCACCAGCCCUGUCCUGUAGAGAGACAAGCCUCCUCUGUUGAUGACCCCUCCUGGGGCCCUCACAAAAUGGCCCUCAUCAUUCCAUUUAGAGAACGCUUUGAAGAGCUGCUGAUAUUUGUGCCAUACAUGCAUGCUUUUCUCAAUAAAAAGAAAAUAAGGCACAGAAUAUUUAUUAUAAACCAAGUGGAUCACUUCCGAUUUAAUCGAGCUUCACUUAUCAACGUUGGCUACAUGGAGAGUGGCAAUGACACAGACUACAUUGCAAUGCAUGAUGUGGACUUAUUGCCUCAAAAUGAGGAUCUAGAUUAUGGUUUUCCAGAGGAAGGACCUUUUCAUGUGGCCUCCCCAGAGCUUCAUCCUUUAUAUCAUUACAAGACUUACGUGGGUGGGAUCCUGUUGCUCACCAAGAGACAUUAUCAGAUGUGCAAUGGAAUGUCAAAUCGCUUCUGGGGAUGGGGAAGAGAAGAUGAUGAAUUCUUCAGAAGACUAAAAACGGCUGAACUUCAGCUUUUUAGGCCAAAGGGAAUAACUACAGGAACUAAAACAUUCAAACACAUCCAUGAUCCGGGCUGGAGGAAGAGAGAUCAGAAGAGAAUUGCUGCACAAAAACAGGAACAGUUCAAGAUCGACCCUGAGGGUGGCCUAACUAACCUCCACUACAAGGUGGAGUCCAGACAGGAAUUGACCAUCAGUGGAGCUCCAUGUACUGUCAUCAGCACCUCACUCCAGUGUGAUCUUAAUGAGACUCCGUGGUGCCAGUUCAGCUAAUGCGCUUUAGCAGGAUCUGGAAAUCCCAAAUGGUACCAACUGUUUUUCAAUGGUGGCAGUAAAGCAUCCACCGCUUAUUAGUGCCAGUCACACUUGACAAAUCCUCUAACCAAAAGGACUUGAAUUGUUGACUCUGUUAGGAGUAAACGACGUCGAUUUUUCAGCUUUUAUUAUAUAGGACAGUGUUAUUUAAUUCAUCCACGAUGAAGCGCUGACAGUUUUGCUGCCUCAACAUGGAGUUGUCAGGUUCUGCACUGAGUUUGCAUCUGGAACAUUGCAAAUAUGGGCAUCCAAAUACCAGAUUUUCAAUGGUUUGGUUUUUAAUAUUUUAUUUGUAAUGGGUGGCCUGCUUUGGACUGUUUUUCAUAGUGCAAUUGUGAGUAUUUGCUCAGCCUUGUCUUUAACAGAAAUCCAUAUUUUAUCUUAGCUUGAAUUUAGGAUCUACAGCAUUGUUCCUUGAAUAUGUGUCUUAUAUGGACGAUGGGUUUAAGGGUACUUUGUAUUUGCACAUUAUUCAGUAUUUAUAUAAAAUUGAAUUAGUUGUUUUUACAUUUGUUCAUAAUUCAGAAUGCAUGUUGUUACACCUUACAGUCACAGGUUUAUGUAAGGACCCUUUUAACUGGAAGCAUGAAGCUACAUCCAAAACACGAAAGUCUUUAAGUGCAACGUUAAUGAAAUUCUGACCCCACAAACAUUUUGUUUUCAUUGGCAAUGCUUGAACGCACGCUGUGAAUUGGUACCCUGUCUUAAGAUAUGGUAAUAUAUUACAACUGUUUACGAUGCCUGUGGCAACAAACUUCUUGACAAAAAAAAAUAAUGCUUCACCAAUGCAACAAUUACACUCACUCACUUUUUAAAUACAGGGUACUUUACAGUCACAAACAGAGCAAUGCCAAUAAUAAAAGUGUGUGGAAAGAGAACAUUGUUUUGCCUAGAAUCUAAUUAUUGGGAUGUUCUGUUUAUUAAAAUGAAAAGUUGAUGGUA